GAGCGUCAAGGCAUGUAGUGUUCGCUGAGCACAUCUUUGAAAAAUAGAGGCCAUUUACUUUUAGUAUGUUUUAUAACAGUUUGGAGAAUAGACGCAGUUUAUUUGAAGGUUGAUAGCAUGCAUGACUGGACUCAACUGUGACAACGCGAAGUGAAUUACGAAUCAAACCGGCGCAUUCGUUUUUAUUCUAUUCUAUUGUACUCAACACCGGUUUGCUGAUCAGAUUUCGAUAAUGCCUUUGGUGUUGUACUACAAUGACAUGAGUCCACCGGUGAGAGCUGUCCUGUUGGUGGCCAAAGCACUGAAUAUACAGUUGGAACUAAAAGAACUGAAUUUAUUACAUAAGGAGCAUCUAACUGAGGACUUUUUGAAGAUUAAUCCACAACAUACAAUACCUACCUUAGUUGAUGAUGAUUUUAUUUUAUGGGAUAGUCAUGCCAUUAUUGGCUAUAUUGUAGGAAAAUAUGCUGAGGACGAUACAAUGUAUCCCAAGGACCCAAAGAAACGAGCUAUAGUUGACCAAAGACUACAUUUUGACUCUGGUAUAUUAUAUCCAAGAGUUAGUUCCAUUAUGAAUUUAAUUGUAAUUGAAAAUGAAAAGGAGAUCCCAACCAAGAAAAUAAGUGCAAUUACCGAGGCAUACCGAUUAUUGGACACCUUUCUAAAGGAUCGACCAUAUUUAUCAGGGGACUGUCUAACAAUAGCCGACUUGUGCUGCGUCGCAACAGUAAGCACAGCCACCAUUAUAACGCCCAUUUCUACCGAAAAAUACCCUAAUCUCUCAACAUGGUAUAAAACAUGCAAAAAUUUACCAUAUUAUGAAGAGGCGAAUGGCGUUGGACUGAAUAAACUAGAUGCUUUAGUAGAAUUAAAGUUAGGACGACCCCGAACCAAAGAUUUUUGUGAAUGAUUUAUUUCUUGUGAUAUUUUAUACAUUUUUUCUAUAUAUAAGUUAUUUAUUGUUGUACAAUCAAAUGCUAUGAGACUCAAUUUCAACAUGUAACAUACUUUAAAUCUACAUAACAAUAUAUGCUUUAAAAUGUAA